ACGCGUCUCAUUGAACAAUUCUGACCAUUUUCUCAUUGUUUGUUCAGAUCCCUUUCGUGCAUCACGAGCACAGGAAUCUCCCGUCCAUUGUUUUUCACUUUAUAAAGUCUUUAUAAAUUGACUUUCAAAUGACUUGAAAGACGUUUUAUACUCUCAUGGCGUACACUUGGCGAGACAGCUAAGUGGUGAUUGUUCAAAUGGAUCACUUUUUGAGAUGUUUUUUUUUCUUCUUCUUCUUCAGCCGCUCGCCCACGCGAGGACAACUGAUGAUUAUCAACUAAAAUUAUUGCUUGACUCUCCAUGAGAAGGAUCCCGAUCAACCAACUGGUUGCCUGCCAAUGAGUUUCCUCUGUUUACUUGGUCUACUCGCAAUUUCUUCUGCUCGUAUUCAGUCGACUACUGUAUUUGAAACGGGUCUACCGCAGCGACUGUACUGUAUGUCUACUACUUUUGUCAAGCGUUCAUGUGUCCACUACAGGAUGUAUGGUACUUUCCUAAAAUGUACUCAUUCGUCAGAUUUUUCUUUUAUCCCAGCCAAUAGUAGGUGAUUUAAUGACCCGACACACUUCCGCCUUCGUCGGAGGGUCACCGGUGUUGGUGUGGCGCGUCUUUCAAAAUGUAAAAUGUCCCCGUAAGAUAGGUCGCUGAAAUUGGACAGAUUCUUCGUAAAGGCGGAAUCUCAAUUCAUUGGCCGCCGCUGAUGUCCAAUCCGUUUGGAGAAGGAAGGGCCUCCCCGUCCAAAUAGUUCAAACGUCUAUCGUCGUCAGCGGCGGCGACCGGAUGACGAUAAUCGUGUUUUCUCGCCGUUUAGGGAUGUCGCGACUCUUCCUCAUCAUCGUGACGGUCGGCGUCGUCGUCACGCUGGACUUUCGUUACCACGGCAACAAGGAGAUGGAACAUUACCUCUUACGGGUCAACGCCUCCAACCCGGACAUUGCUCACCUGUACAGCAUCGGACGAUCGGUCGCAGGUCAAGAGCUGUGGGUGUUGGCUUUGGGUCAGAGCUCGCGCCGUCACACCGUCGGCAUCCCCGAGUUCAAGUACGUGGCCAACAUGCACGGAAACGAGGUGGUGGGCCGCGAACUGCUUCUGCAUCUGACGGACGACCUGGUGCGCGGCUACCGCGGCAACAAGACCUGGUCCGUACGGAUACUGAACAGCACGCGCGUCCACUUCCUGCCCACCAUGAACCCGGACGGUUUCGACCAGGCCGAUACCAGUUGUUACCUCGGCCAGGGAAGAUUUAACCGUAACGGCGUGGACCUGAACAGGAACUUCCCCGACGCCUUCGCCGAACGGCGGAACUCGGAAGAGGCCGGCAGAGAGGCCGAGGUCCGGGCCGUGAUGGGCUGGUUGAGGACGGAGACUUUCGUCCUCUCGGCCAACCUCCACGGCGGCGCCCUGGUGGCCAGCUACGCCUACGACAACAGCGACGGAGGCGGCGAGCUGGUGGGCGGGGCCAGCCUCACGCCGGACGACGACGUCUUUGUCCACCUGGCCAAGGUGUACUCGCACAACCACGCCAACAUGCGCCAGGGGGAGCCCUGUGGCGACCAGCCGCCCUUUCGGGACGGAAUCACCAACGGGUACCGGUGGUACCCGCUCGCAGGCGGCAUGCAGGACUACAACUAUGUGUGGGCUCAAUGUUUGGAGGUGACCUUGGAGGUGUCCUGUUGCAAGUUCCCCCCCGCCGACAGACUCCCCGUCCUGUGGACGGACAACAGGAAGAGCCUGCUGGCCUUCAUGCGGCAGAUCCACUUGGGGGUUAAAGGCCGGGUGCUGGACGGCUCGGGAGCGGCGGCGCCGAACGCCGCGGUGGAGGUGACCGGUCGCCACAACAUUCGUCCUUUCAAGACGGACAAACGCGGAGAAUACUACAGACUGCUGCUGCCCGGGAACUACACUUUUACCGUGACGUUCCCCGGUCACGAGAUUCUGACCGAGAGUUUUUGGGUCCCUUACGGUCCGGACGGCUAUUCGGCGCUGACGCACGACUUUCUGUUGCGUCGAAUCGAGCCCUCGUCCGCUCGCCCUUCGUCCCCCGGGUGGGCGCUCGGUUUGACGCUGGCUCUGUUGGGCACCGUCGGCUGAUGUGACGCACAGAUUGCAGUCGGGAGCCAGGGUGGGAUUGUUUCUCUCUUGAUUUAAAAAAUAUUCAUCCUGUCAUUUUUGGACAAUAAACCGCACCUCCCAGUUUUUCAUACCAAAACAGUAUUUAUUCAUAUAGAAGCCACACGCAGAGAUGAUUACAUUCACAGCCACAACUCGAUAUAUAUCUUUUUUUACCUUUUUAUAAACUCUUUCAGUCCCGGUGAUGAUAAUCCAGUGGUGUCGCACUUAAAAACUAAAUUCAACUCCAUCUUUCCCAAAUAGAUGUCCAAUCCAUUUGACUGAAGCCGAAUGAGUUGGCCGUCAACCCUCCUGCUUCAUAUGAAUUGGACAUCUAACACCGUCCGUGGCACCGAAUGAGGAAAAUGCCCAAAUAUCUUCCAUGACUAUUUAAGGGUAGCGCCAAAUCAAAUGACCUCUGGUAGAUCAAAAACGGUAAUGGCAAUCAAAUAUUACAUCUGGAUACAACAAUUAAGGAUUGAUAACCCUACAAAAGACAGCUCAUCGAUUUGUAAAAAUCCGUAUUUCAGCCACACUGGACUGUAAGCCGAGGGGUUCAAAAUAUAGUCUUAUCGUCCGAAAAAAUCAUCUUUUUCCAUUAGACGAAGAUGCGCUCUAUCAACAGCUGGAAAUGUCAUCCCCAUUGGCCAACUUUCUGUAGAGGCAAGCCAGUUCUUCAGGCGUGGGCCUUUUGGACUCCGGCGUGCACGGAACGUCAAAGUCCGAAGAAGCUCGCGAACCGUCCGCGUCGGACGGGGCGUCGCCGCGUUCCGUUCCGCCCUGCGACGCCGCAAAGUCCUCGUCUUCACUCCGCAGGUCUUCCGGCGUCUGCGCGGAGCGGGCCGGGCCGGAGCGAGGUCGCGAUCGGUCGUCACUUUUCCGGCUUCCGGGGCCGUCGGGCGGCGGCUCGGCGCCGAAGAAGUCCUCCCACUUGGGCGGCCGCCUCUCGUCGUCUUCGUCGCUCUCCUCGUAGCCGUCGCUGUCGUCGUUCGACUCGGUGCAGUCCACGUAGUUCCGGUCCUCCGUGCACUCUGACUCUGUCUCGAUCCGCCGCGGCGAGAUCUCCUCCCGGGCGGAGGGCGCGGCGGCGGGCGCUCGCCCGCGCUCUGUCGGAAAGCAAGGGUAAGGGCUCAAACACACCAGCAACGUGAAUGUCGCGUCAACGAUCUCGCCGCCAUUACG